AUGCCACGCAUCAAUAGUGAAACUUUGCUUGAUAUGCAAAAUCGAUUAGUGUUGGAUGAAUUAAUGUAUGACAUAUUUACUUUGGAAGAGGAGCAUAAAAGACUAAUUAAUUCCCUCACUGAUGAGCAGAAAGCUGUUUAUGAUAAAAUUGUUUUAGCAGUUACGACAGGUAAUGGAGGGUUAUUUUUCCUAUACGGGUUCGGUGGUACAGGAAAAACAUUUAUUUGGAAUACUCUUUCAGCAUCUAUUAGAUCAAAAGCUGGAAUCGUACUUAAUGUUGCUUCUAGCGGAAUUGUUUCCCUUCUGCUUCCUGGAGGACGAACAGCGCAUUCUAGAUUUCGUAUUCCUAUUCAAAUCAAUGAAGAUUCAACGUGUAAUAUAAGGCCGAAAUCUACUAUAGCUGAGUUGCUGUCAAAAACAAAGCUAAUCAUUUGGGAUGAAGCUCCAAUGGUACAUAGAUUUUGCUUUGAGGCUCUGGAUAGGACACUGAGAGAUGUUCUUAGAAUUUCUGAUACAAGCUGUGUUGAUAUGCCAUUUGGUGGAAAAAACAUGCGUCUUAAUUCUGGAAGUAGCGCUCACAAUUUAGAGGAAAUAAAAGAAUUUUCUGAGUGGCUACUUAAAGUUGGGGAUGGUAAUCUUGGAGAUGAUGUUGAUGGAGAAUCUAUUAUAACAAUUCCAGAUGAAUUGUUGAUUAGAGAAUCGGAAGAUCCGCUGUCGGAUAUGGUUAAUUUUGUUUAUCCGAAUCUCUUGGAUAAUAUUUUGGAUCAAACCUUCUUUAAAGAACGUGCUAUUCUAACUCCUAAAUUGUCCGAUGUUGCUAUGCUAAACGAGCACCUAAUGUCUAUGAUUCCUGGUGAAGAAAGGACUUUUUUGAGUUCGGAUAAAAUUCUUAAGCAAGGUGGGACUUCCUCUGUUGAGGAUGAUGAAAUCACCCAUGAGAUCUUAAAUACAUUAUCAUGCUCAGGGAUUCCUGAUAAUAAAUUAAUCUUGAAAGUUAAAGUUCCAGUAAUGCUAUUAAGAAAUAUUGAUCAGUCGAGAGGUUUAUGCAAUGGCACGAGAUUGCUUAUUACAAAAUUAGGGAAUCAUGUUGUUGAGGCAAUUGUACUUACAGGAAGCAAUAUAGGGGAAACUGUGUUAAUCCUAGAAUGA